AUGCCCGGGAUAGGGGCGGUGGGAGCGCGGUGCAGGCACCGGCCGAGGAGGAGCCCCAGGAAGGGCCCCGAGACCGAGGCGGGCCAGGCCGGGGCCGCCAUGGACGCGGCGAUCUGGAUCUAUCAGUUCCGGCUGAUCGUGCUGGGCGACUCCACCGUGGGCAAGUCCUGCCUCCUGCACCGCUUCACCGAGGGCCGCUUCCCGGGUCCGCUGCUCUGCGACCCCACCGUGGGGGUGGAUUUCUUCUCCCGCCUGGUGGAGAUCGAGCCCGGCAAGCGGGUCAAGCUGCAGCUGUGGGACACGGCGGGGCAGGAGCGGUUCAGAUCAAUAACACGAUCUUAUUACCGCAAUUCUGUUGGCGGCUUACUGGUGUUUGACAUCACAAACCGGCGAUCUUUUGAACAUGUGAAAGACUGGCUAGAAGAAGCUAAAAUGCAUGUACAGCCAUUUCAAAUUGUGUUUCUGUUAGUUGGACAUAAAUGUGAUUUAGUAUCACAGCGUCAGGUGACAAGAGAAGAAGCUGAAAAACUGUCAUCUGCCUGUGGUAUGAAAUACAUAGAAACCUCAGCAAAAGAUGCCACAAAUGUUGAAGAAUCCUUUACGAUUCUGACCCGAGACAUAUAUGAACUAGUAAAGAAAGGAGAAAUUUCUAUACAGGAUGGAUGGGAAGGUGUUAAAAGUGGCUUUGUUCCAAAUGUUGUCCAUUCAUCAGAGGAGGCUGUAAAGCCUAGAAGACAAUGCAUCUGCUGAACUCAUAGCAUGCCAAAGAGCAUAUCAGGUGUUUAGAGAAUGAUACCAACAUAAAUAACAUCAUUCUGAAGACAUAAUAGAUCAUGAUGUAGCUGAAUCACCAAAUUAUAAUUCAUUUUUGUAUCAUUUUGUCUAAUUCAUAACUUCAUAACAUUUAAAGUGCGUUUU